GUGGUUCACAUCUUUGUGACAACACUUCCGGCAAAGGGAUGGGAUUUUUUUCCUCCCUUUGUGAGCUAAAUUAGCAUUUUUUUCCCUCAGUAUUUCACAGCUUUACCUACUUUUUUUGUUUUUGCCUUGACUUUGAUGGAAACAUCCUUGUAACGACAAGAGAAGAGUGAAAUAUUCCCGCCAUUGAAAGGUUGCAACAGACCAAAGCAGCAGCUGCAGCAUGUCUCCAGAACUAGACCUGUCCCCCCCAGAGGUCCCUGAGCCCACCUUUCUAGAGAGCCUCCUGCGCUACGGGCUGUUUCUGGGAGCCAUCUUCCAGCUCAUCUGCAUCCUGGCUAUCCUCAUACCUACAUCCAAGGGACAUGAACAGGAGGAGACUGAGUCCAUCGAUAGCAGAGCCACUGAACAGAUGAAGAAACCUAAAGGACCUGCACCGCAGAUUCGACAGAAACCGAAAAAAGAGAGCAAAAAGAAGCGAUAGUGCAGUGUGCGAGUGUUUCCAGUUUGUGUGAUUGGGUGCGUGUAAUUAUCAUAAGUGAGUCAAUAUUGGCUUUUACCAAUACAGUUAUCACUACAAGCAUAUAAAAACACUUAAUUUCAUACAACAAUAAAAUGAUGUGCAUUUAAUUUGAGACUCUUCCGAAUGACCUUGGAGCAGGUGUCCUUCACACAGUAUUACACAGAGCAAACAUUCAUAGUGUUUGCUGAUUGUUUAUACAGCUAUAUAUUUUAUUGGAUAUUUGUUUUUCUUUUAUAAUUGAUCAAUGAUUGAAUUUAAUCUGGAAUUCAACAGACAAAUAAACACAUUAUGUAGUCAUUCAC